CUGAGGUCUCCAGCAGACACCAUCACUACUGCAAGACCCAGGGUGAGGGAUCUGUCUGCAGGGAUCACCACCUGCCAAGGAAUAGAUCUGCCCAUUGCAUCCUUCCCACACAACUUGUCCUAGACUUUCCCACACCUGCCUGGCUAUGUGGAUUUGCCAUUGCUGACAGCUGAGCUGCUCCCCAUUAGAAGACUCAGCCAGAACUUUGGAUACACUUGUUCCUGGAGGGAUCCAGCCUUUUGGGACUAGCAUGGAAUGCAGAAGGAGCUAUUGAGUCCAGGGUUAGCUUUGAAUGGUUCAACUUGCCAGCGGUGGGACUGCUAUCCUUAUUGUAGAUGAUGCUCUGGAGUUGCUGCAGAACUAUCACACCACCAUCUAUGCCAUAGAGGAAUUAAAGGUCCAGUGUUCGAAUCAUAAUUCUGGAGAUGGACUUACUAUCUGCAACGUGCGUCUUGGCAGUUUUGGUAGCCUGUAUUGUCUACGAGUCUGGUGCUCAGGAACAGAAUUACAUCAUCAGAGAAGAACAGGGUGAAAACAUAUCCAUUGGGAACUUGUUGAGGGACCUUAAUCUGACGUUGGACCCUGACAUAGCUCUCUCCACCCCUCUCCAGUUCAAACUGGUCUACAAGACUGGAGAUGUUCCUCUGGUGCGGGUUGAAGAGAACACCGGUGAGAUCUUCACCACCUCAAAUCGUAUAGAUCGAGAAAAGCUUUGUGCCGGCAUCUUUACGGAGAACAAAUGCUUUUAUGAGGUGGAAGUGGCUGUGCUUCCAGACGAGGUCUUCAGAUUGGUCAAGAUCCGCUUCUUGAUCGAAGACAUCAACGACAACGCCCCUCUGUUCCCGUCUACAGUCAUCAAUAUUUCCAUUCCAGAAAACACAGCCGUCAACUCUAGAUAUUCUGUACCAUCUGCCAUUGAUCCUGAUGUGGGCAAGAAUGGAAUUCAAAACUACGACCUCCUCAAGGGCCAAAACGUGUUUGGACUCGAUGUCAUUGAAACUCCCGAAGGAGACAAGUGGCCCCAACUUAUCGUCCAGCAGAGUCUGGACAGAGAGCAGAGGGAUACUUACGUCAUGAAGAUUAAGGUGGAAGACGGUGGGAAUCCUCCCAGAUCCAGUACGGCAAUUUUACAAGUCACGGUCACCGAUGUCAAUGACAACCGUCCUGUUUUUAAGGAUAAAGACAUUGAAGUGAAUAUUCCAGAAAAUGCAGCUGUGGGGACCUCGGUGACACAACUUCAUGCGACUGAUGCUGACCUCGGCUCCAAUGCCAAAAUUCAUUUUUAUUUUGGAAACCAGAUCUCUAACCUUGCCAGGCGCCAUUUUGCCAUUGAUAAUAAUACUGGAUUAAUUACCGUUAAGGAACCCCUGGAUCGUGAAGAAUCUCAUUACCAUAAACUGACCGUCUUAGCAAGUGAUGGGAGCUCGACCCCCUCUCGGGCCACCAUCACCAUAAACAUCACAGACAUAAAUGAUAACAUUCCAUCGAUUGAUACAAGGUAUAUUAUAAACCCUGUCAAUGGAACUGUGCAAAUCUCUGAGAAGGCUCCGAUUAAUACAAAAAUCGCCCUGAUCACGGUUACCGAUAAGGACGCCGAUCUUAACGGCAAGGUGACUUGUUUCACAGACCAUGACGCCCCCUUUAGGUUAAAGCCAGUGUUUGACAAUCAAUUUCUAUUGGAGACUGCGGCCCCUCUGGAUUAUGAAGCCACAAGGGAAUAUGCAAUCAAAAUUGUCGCCUCCGAUUCUGGAAAACCACCGCUCAACCAAUCCGCCAUGCUUCUUAUUAAAGUCAAGGAUGAAAAUGACAAUCCUCCAGUUUUUACCCUUCCAGUCAUUGGUCUAUCGUUUGUUGAGAACAACCCACCCGGCACAGAGCUGACCAAAAUCAGUGCCACCGAUGCAGACAGCGGGCGCAACGCUGAGCUCAGUUAUAUGCUUGGUCCCAAUUCCCCGACCAUAUUUAACCUUGAUAGGCGGACGGGAAUUCUCAGCGCCGUAAGGAAACUGGAUCGGGAGAAGCAGGACAGGUAUACCUUUACAGUCAUUGCUAAGGAUAAUGGGAUGCCUUCCCUACAAACCAAUACCACGGUGACCUUAUCAGUCCUGGAUCAAAAUGAUAACAGUCCCUCGUUCACACAUAACGAAUAUAACUUUUAUGUGCCGGAGAACCUACCAACUUAUGGCACUGUUGGCCUCAUCACCGUAACAGAUGAAGAUAUAGGAGAGAACGCUGAGUUUACUCUCUCGCUUGUGAAUGCAAAGGAUAAUUUUAUAAUUGAUCCCCAUACAGGGGUCAUUAAGCCAAAUAUAACCUUUGAUAGGGAGCAACAAGGUGCCUACACCUUUCAAGUCAGAGCCGUGGAUCGAGGAACCCCUCAAAAGUCUUCAACAGUAAAAGUGACCAUAUUCGUUGAGGACGUCAAUGAUAACCGGCCAGUAUUUCUCAUCCCAUCCACUAAUUAUUCAUAUGAAUUGGUGCCAACCUCAACCAACCCUGGCUCCAUAGUAACCAAAGUCUUUGCCGUGGAUAAUGACACCGGGAUAAAUGCUGAUUUGCGUUACAGUAUAAUAGGAGGUAACUCCAGGGGUUUAUUCACCAUUGAUGAAAGGAGUGGUAAUAUCAGCUUGAAGGAGAAAAUACUUGCCGGUGAUCAUGGUUUACACAGACUCGUGAUAAAAGUUAAUGACUCGGGGAAGCCGGAGCCUUUUCAUACUCUUUCACUGGUGCAUUUGUUUGUCAAUGAAACCAUCACCAAUGGAUCUUACAUUCAAGAGCUUGUAAGGAGAAACAUGGAAACGCCGGUUGGACAGAACAUCGGGGAUGGGGAGAUAACACCGCAGACCAACGACUACGUCAAAAUCAUCAUUGCUAUCAUAGCGGGGACCAUGACCGUGAUUUUGGUAAUUUUUGUCACUGCUCUCGUACGUUGUCGCCAAACACCACGGCACAAAGUGGUUCAGAAGAACAAGCAAAGUGGAGAAUGGGUUUCUCCAAACCAAGAAAACAGGCAAAUCAAGAAAAAGAGGAAGAAGAAGAAGCGUUCUCCAAAAAACCUUCUCCUCAAUUUUGUUACUAUAGAGGAAUCUAAGACAGAGGAUCCCGCCCAUGAGCACAUCAAUGGCACACUGGACAUCCCAGUGGAGUUAGAAGAGCAAACUAUGGGGAAAUAUAAUUGGGGCACCACUCCGACUACAUUCAAACCUGAUAGUCCAGAUCUGGCCAAGCACUACAAGUCCGCUUCUCCACAACCCACCUUCCAGAUAAAGCCUGAGACACCGGUUGCUCCUAAAAAACAUCACGUCAUUCAGGAACUACCACUGGACAACACAUUUGUUGUGGGCUGUGACUCAUUGUCUAAGUGCUCCUCCAGCAGCUCGGAUCCUUACAGUGUCUCGGAGUGCAGUUGUCAAGGAGGCUUCAAGGCACCUGGCCCCAUCCACACACGACAGCCCCUUCGCUUUCACUGGAUACUUGACAAUGCAGCGUCAGUUAAUGUUGGGCAGCCUACAGCAGUGUCUUGAUCACUGUUUGCUGUCUUGCUCUGAGAACGUCACCGCAUCUGAGGUCAUGUACUGAGAUCGUUUGCGUACACAAUGAGGUUUAACCAGCAAACGCGGAAUAUGGAAACAGCACGAGAAAAAAAACCUUUCUACUGACUCUGAUUGGCGAAGACUUUAAUUUGGAUGUGGAGACGAACCCCUUCCAGCACCCAUAAUGAAAGGUAUCCAGGGCAAGAUGUCGUCUAUGUACCUAUCCUUCAAGGACAACAAACUUUGUGUCAUACUGUAGUCAUCAAAACCAAGGUAGAACUAUGAAAAGGACUCUUCCCCAUCGCUCACUUGGAGGGAUGGUUAUAAGUAUGAUAUCAAUUGUUUUCAAAUAUUGCUUGUACAAAUAUAUAUCUUUUUUUCUUUUUUGCUUCUUUUGCUUUUUUCUUUUUAUUUAUUUUUAUUUAUAUAAUCUGGUUGUUAAUAUUGAAUUAGGGAGCAAUAAAACAUAUGCAUCAAUGUAAAAAAAAACACACAGAAUGUAACCUUUAUACACAAACUUUUUAAAGAUAUGUUUCCUAUAAUGUACAUUUAAUAGACGUGUGUGUAAUUUAACAGAUUGCUAAUUUGCUGGAUUACCCUAUAGUUUUCUUAAACAAAUAAAAAACAAAAAACCUACAAAUGAGACAAUAGGAUAUACAAGCAGAGGAGAUGAUUUGUAUUCUGCAACAAUUCAGAUUUUCAUGCUUUUUUUCUUUUUUCUAAUCCAGAAGAGUAUUUAAAGGAAUAUGG